UCUCCUACAAGCAUAGACUCUUUUAUAGAAAGCUCACUCUUCCUUCAUUUCGAAUUCAACCCUAAAUCUUCCACGAAUUGACGAAUGGAAAUCGCCAUCGCCGGGAAGAAGAAGAAGAGCUCUCCCAAUAUGCUCGCGCCGGGGUUCCGAUUCCACCCUACGGACGAGGAAUUGGUGCGCUACUAUCUCCGCCGGAAGGUCUGCGGCAGAGGUUUCCUAUUCCAUGCCAUCUCCGAUAUCGAUAUCUACAAGGCUGAGCCUUGGGAUCUUCCUAGCUUCUCGAAGCUGAAGACUAGGGAUCUGGAAUGGUAUUUCUUUAGUAUGCUGGAUAAGAAAUAUGGUAACGGAGCAAGGACGAACAGAGCCACUGAAAAAGGGUAUUGGAAGACCACUGGAAAGGACAGGGCUGUCUACCACAGAGGGCAGAUUGUUGGGAUGAAGAAGACUCUUGUAUAUCACAUUGGGCGUGCUCCAAAGGGACAGAGAACCAACUGGGUUAUGCAUGAGUACAGACUCACUGACUUGGAGCUGGAGAGAGCUGGUAUUCAUCAGGUAAUCUUUUAUUUGCUGACUGUAUGUACUUUCGUGGAAAAGGAUGCAUUUGUGCUCUGUCGUGUCUUCCAGAAGAGUGGAUCUGGGCCAAAGAACGGUGAACGAUAUGGAGCACCAUUUGUGGAAGAGGAAUGGCUGGAUGAUGACUCGGAAUUGAUUCUAAAAGCUGAGGCUGGAGAGGUGGUUGACUUUGGGGAUGAUGCUUAUUUGGAUGGUGAUGAUCUUGAGCAGAUCCUUGGAUCAGAUAUUCCAUCUGCCGAUUCCCCUCUUCAAUCGAAUUGUCAGCCUGCAGAUGGCAGCUUUGUUGAGGGAACUGCAGAGUCCGUAGAUGACGGCCCAAAGCUCUUAUUGAAUGCUGAUGAUCAGUAUGGUGAACUCGAGCAGUAUGAUAUACCUGCUCCAUUUGAUAUGGAUGUAAGAGCUGUCAAACAUGGAUUCAUUGGUGAAUCCAGCAAAUCGGGGAAUUCUGAUGAGUUGGAUUUCUUGCUUGAUGAACCAUUCCAAGAGAAUCCUGAUUACCUGCCAUAUGGCAAUGUGGGCUUCAUUGAAGCUAGUGAUCUAUCACAUCCGGUUGAAGCUAAUACUACUCAUGACGACAUGCUUGAGGAGUUUUUUAAAUUAUAUGAUGCCAAUGUUGACAAUUCACAAGACUUUGCAUAUGAUUCCUUAGCUAUGCUUGGAAGCGAGGACCUUAUUCCUGGCGAGCCAUUGUUUCCUUUUGAGGAACCCGAAGUUGGAGAGAAAUCUACGUUACCCAGCGGACAACCUCUCAACUACAACAAUGGCGACGCUGCACCAUCAUCUGAUAAGCUUGACUCCUCGACAUACGAAUCAGAUUUCCAGUAUCCAUUCUUCAAACAGGCCAGCCAGAUGCUGGGCAGCAUCCCUGCUCCACCAGCCUAUGCUGCCGAGUUUCCUUCAAAAGAUGUCAUGCGUCGUCUCAAUACUUUAUCACAGCCUUCUACAUCAGCUCAUGUCACUGCCGGCAUGUUCCAGAUAAGAAACUUGUCCACGGAUGGCAAUGGAGUAGACAAGUUACUAAGCAAGCCUGCAAACCUCAACAUCGUACUCUCAUUUGGGUAUUCACGAGGGGAGGAUGGUUCUUCCCGUCUGGAGUCGAGCAUAAGCCUGCUUCCCGGGAAGACAGUGGCGAUGAUGCUGUCAAGGGGUUGGUUCUACUUCAUGUUCUUCUGGAUCCUAGUGCUCUCUAUCAGCUACGAGCUAGGGAUCUGUAUAUGUGCAAAGUAAGACGAGGGAAUCUCCAAUCCCGCUAACACUCUAUCGUGUAAGCAAAGAUCUAAUCUGCAUACUCAUUGAAUGUCAGUGAGAUUUGCUUGCCUUUGUCGAAACAGAUGUUUAGGAUUAAUAGAAAUUUUUAAGUCUUGGAGCAGUGUGAUUGGCUUCUAUCAUACUGUUAUUGAAGUUAUUCAUGGACUAAGUCUGUAUUAUAGAGUCUGGUCUGUUGAGACUUUUUUAA